AUGAUCAGAAUGAAAUGCUGGAGGACAAAGCGACAGACUGGAGAGAAAAGCCGAAAUGGGUCGCUUCUGAAUAGAGACUCAUCAAGCGCUCAAACUGCCCUCACAAUGUCGCUCUGUGCCUUCUCGAUCCUCACAAUUGUUCCUCAAAGUGGCCUCCUGUUUGUCCAAUACCUCUUUCAAAGGCUUGAUUAUAAACAUGACAAGAUCCAGUCAAUUAUUAAAGAUAAAGGUCGUGUUUCACUAGCUGUGGAUUGA